GCUCCGCUGCGCGGCGGCUGCGGCCCGGCCCGGCCCCGCCAUGCCCCGGUGAGACCAUGGAGCCCAACCCGGGGCCCCCGGGGGCCGAGGACGGGAGGCUGCGGCCCGGCGCCAAGCGGGUCACCUUCCCGUCCGAUGAGGACAUCGUAUCCGGGGCGGUGGAGCCCAAGGAUCCGUGGAGACACGCCCAAAACGUGACGGUGGAAGAGAUCAUCAGCGCCUACAAGCAGGCCUGCCAGAAGCUGAGCUGCAAGCAGAUCCCCAAACUCCUCAAGCAGAUCCAGGAUUUUAAGGACUUGGCUCCCAGGAUUGACUGCUUGGAUCUCAAAGGGGAGAAGCUGGACUACAAGGCGUGCGAGGCGCUGGAGGAGAUCUUCAAGAGGGUGCAGUUCAAGAUCGUUGACUUGGAGCAGACGAGCCUGGAUGAGGACGGCGCCUCGGCUCUGUUUGACAUGAUUGAGUACUACGAGUCGGCCACGCACCUCAACAUCUCCUGCAACAAACACAUCGGCACGCGGGGCUGGCAGGCGGCCGCACACAUGAUGAGGAAGACCAACUGCCUGCAGUACCUGGACGCCCGCGGGACGCCCCUCCUGGACCACUCGGCGCCGUUCGUGGCGCGGGCGCUGCGCAUCAGCAGCAGUUUGGUGGUGCUGCACCUGGAGAACGCCAGCCUGUCCGGGCGGCCCCUCAUGCUGCUGGCCACAGCCCUGAAGAUGAACGUGACGCUGCGGGAGCUGUACCUGGCUGACAAUAAGCUGAACGGGCUGCAGGACGCGGCGCAGCUGGGCAACCUGCUCAAGUUCAACUGCUCCAUCCAGAUCCUGGACCUCCGCAACAACCACAUCCUGGACUCGGGCCUGGCCUAUCUGUGUGAGGGGCUGCGGGAGCAGCGCCGUGGUUUGGUGACGUUGGUGCUGUGGAACAACCAGGUGACACAGGCGGGGACGGCGUACCUGGGGGUCACCCUGCCCCACGCUCAGAGCCUGGAGACGCUGAACCUGGGCCACAACCCCAUUGGCAACGAAGGGGUGCGCAACCUGAAGACGGGGCUGAUCGGGAACCGCUCCGUGCUGCGUUUGGGGUUGGCCUCCACCAAACUGACCUGCGAAGGGGCGGUGGCGGUGGCCGAAUUCAUCGCUGAGAGCCCCCGGCUGCUGCGGUUGGACCUGAGGGAGAACGAGAUCAAAACGGGGGGGCUGAUGGCGCUGGCGCUGGCGCUGAAGGUCAAUCAGUCCCUGCUGCGCCUCGACCUGGACAGGGACCCCAAAAAGGAGGCGGUGAAAAGCUUCAUUGAGACGCAGCGGGCGCUGCUGGCCGAGAUUCAGAGCGGCUGCAAACGGAACUUCGCUUUGGCCCGGGAGCGCCACGAGGGGGAGACGCAGCCGCCGCCCCCCCCCGGCACGGCCGGCAUCGGGGGGGGGGACGGGCGGGGACCCCGACGGGGGGGGGCAGCGAUGGGACGGAGAACGGAGCGGAGCGGGGGGGGCGGGGGGGGGGCGAUGGGACGGAGCCCGGAGCCCCGGAGGGGGGGGCGCCGAUACCGGGGGGGGCACCGAUACCGGGGGGGGGCGCCGCGGAGAGCCCUAUUUUCCCCCCCCCGGGCUCAGCAGCAGCAGCGCAUUCUGGUCAGCAGCCCCGGGAGGGGCCAUAAGGUGUUCGUGGUGACCCGCGUGGAGAGCGGGGCCGGAUGUGAGCACGGAGGGGGGGGUGGGAGCGGAACCGGCACCGGCACCGGGAUCGGCACCGCCAACGGCACCGGAAGCGGCACCGGGGACUGCCAAUGGGACGGGCAGCGUUGGGACCGGGACCGCCAAUGGGACCGGGACCGGGAUGGGCACCGCCAACGGGACCGAACCGGGACGGCCGGCACCAAUGGGACGGCCGGCACCAAUGGGACGGAUGGCACCAAUGGGAUGGACGGCACCAAUGGGACAGACAGCACCAAUGGGAUGGACGGCACCGGGAUCGGCACCGCCAAUGGGACCGGCAGCAAUGGGACGGCCAGCAUUGGGAUGACCAGCACCGGGACCGGCACCGACACCGGGACGGGCAGCAAUGGGACGGCCAGCAUUGGGAUGGGCAGCACUGGGACCGGCACCGGCAGUGGGACGGGCAGUACCGGGACCGGCAAUGGGACGGGCAGCAUCACUGGGACAGGCAGCACCAAUGGGGCGGACAGCACCGGGACGGCCACCAUUGGGAUCGGCAGCGCCAAUGGGACGGCCACCAUUGGGAUGGGCAGCAUUGGGACGGCCACCAUUGGGGUCGGCACCACCACUGGGACGGCCACCACUGCGACAGUCAGCAUUGGGAUGGCCGACGCUGGGAUGGCCGCUAUUGGGAUGGCCGCUGAUGAGAUGAACACCAUUGGGACGGCCAACAGUGGGAUGGCCACCAUUGGGAUGGCCAACACCAUUGGGACGGCCAACACCAUUGGGACGGCCACCAUUGGGACAGCCACUACUGGGAUGGCCACCAUUGGGACGGCCACCACUGGGACAUCCACCACCAUUGGGACGGCCACCAUUGGGACAUCCAUCACCAUUGGGACGGCCACCAUUGGGAUGGCCAACAGUGGGAUGGCCAACACUGGGACGGCCACCACCAAUGGGACGGCCACCAUUGGGACGGCCACCAGCAGGGUGGCCGCCGGGGGCCCAAUGCUGCCCAAUGGGCUGAAGGCAGAGCUGGGCCGGGCGCUGCCCGACGGCGAUGGCAAAGCGGGGAGCUGCGCUGCUGAGCACGAGCUGAGCUGCUGCCGGGACGAGCGGGACGUGGAGGAGCUGCUGCUCGAGGCCAGCCAGGAUGCGGGGCAGGAGCCGCCGUGACAGCGCGGGUGGAUGGGGCCGGAUUUGGGGUCGGGGCUCAGAUUUGGGGUCAGGGCUCACAUUUGGGGUCAGGAUCCGGAUUUGGGGUCAGGG